GUCUUUUGGAUUUUUAUGGAAGUUAACGAACAGAACAGAGAAGCAGACUCUUAAAUAGGCAACCAUAAUUUUUCUGAAAAGGCUUUGUCAGUUGUCAUGUAUUCUCUGAUUCUUCUUGGAAAAAGAUCUAUCGAGUUGCAAAAAUGGCGUAAUUUGAGAGUUUCAGUGAAGCUUGUGCAAAACGUAAUCUCUGUUUUUGCCAGUUCCUUCUCCUCUGUUAGUGCUGAUGAUGUGAGCCUUCGAGAUGCUCAAAAAGAGCCGAAGUUUACAGUCUCUUACCUUGUUGAUUCAGUUGGUAUACCGAUAAAACUCGCAGAAUCAAUCUUGAAGGAAGUCAGCUUAAAGGACGAGUGCAAUCCCAAUUCUGUUCUGAAUCUUCUUAGAAGUUAUGAUUUUACAGAUUCUCAGAUCUCACGCAUCAUUAGGACUGGUCCAAGAUUGCUCUUGGAAAAUGCUGAGAGUUCUCUUGGUCCCAAGCUUAAGUUUUUGAAGUCCAGAGAAAUUUUAAGCUCUAGGCUCAAUGACAUUGUUACUAGAGUUCCGAAUAUCUUGAGGAUGAAAGAGGAAAAAGAUAUGAUCACAUACUAUGAUUUUGUUAAAGCCAUUAUAUCAGUGGGUUCGAGAUCAGAUUUCUAUAAGGUAUGCGAACUUUAUCCAAAUAUUGAAAAAUCCAUUAUGAAGGUUAUUGAGAUGAGUUUCGAUCCGUUCGCCCCAAGAAUUAUCGAUGCUAAAAUUGUUGUUUACACAUUAAGCAAUGAAACAAUAGAAGAAAGAGUCUUUACCUAUAAAAUGGUAGGCUUUGAUGUAUGGGAAAUGUUCAAGAAGUGUCCUUUUCUGAAUAUCUCGGAGAAGACAAUAACUCAAUGUUUUGAAACCUUGAAGAAGUGUGUAUCUCCACAAUGUAUUGGUUUUUCAGAGCUGGAGAUAACUCAGAGUUUUGAAACCUUGAAGUGUGGAUUAGUCGAAGAUGAGGUCGAAGAUGAGGUCCUCUCUAUGUUCAAGAAGUAUCCGCGAUGUAUUGGUUUUUCUGAGCAGAAUAUAUUGAACUCCGUUGAAACAUUUUUAGGCCUAGGAUUCAACAAAGAUGAGGUCAUGAUGAUGGUCAAACGAGAGGGCGUGCUUUUGAUCCCUGUGGUACUUGGAUGCAGCAUGGUAAAUAGGAUUUUACCAAGGUGCAAUGUCAUCAAAGCUCUUAUGUCCAAAAGAUUGCUCAAAACUAAAGUCUCUUCAAUCUUCUGUCUUGAUGAGGUGUUUCUUGGAAGAUAUGUGAGGAAGCAUGAUGAGCUUGUGGAUGAGUUUAUGGCUAUUUUCACUAAAGAUCAGUAACUUUCCAACAAUUACUAAGUUUCUUGUGGGUUCGAAUUAUUUCUUUAUUUUCACUAAAGAUCAAUAACUUUCCAGCAAUAAGUUUCUUGUGGAUUGCGAAUUAUUUUGUCAUGGAAGCUGCUUCUAAAUUAAUUUAGACAAGUUAUCAAAGUUUACUUGCUCACCGAUACAAAAUGUUUAUAUCGGAAACGAUAAAAUCUACCAAGAAAUAAGGGCCAAAUGAUUUUAUAUAAACGAACUUAGAUGCUAUGCCUAGAACUAUAUAUACAUGAACUAAUUUAAAAUUUUGAAUUUACUACAUGAAUUACAAAAGUAUGAUCGAACCCAACAUUGUCACU